UGAUUACCCUACUCAGUUCACGUGUGAAUGACUUCCACUGUUUGGUGCUUAGCUGUUUGGGACUGAAGGGGACUGGAUAAGAACGUUCCUGGUUAAAUAUUUUUCAGGAAACGAUCUCUUCAGUAGUUAUGUGACCAGGUCCACCUAAACUGCACGAUUCGUCCGUUUCUUCACGUCGCCUUAGAUUUUCUCAACCCAGCCCCUAACAGUGAGUCAGCAGAUACUGUGGACUGUGAUCCCCCAUGAUAUCAGCCAGUAACAUGACUAGAUUCAGCACGGGCAUCCUUGUGCUGACAUCUCCUCUCAACAUCCUCCCCUUGCGCAUCGCUCCGGUGCUCAGCUCAGCUGCUCAGCUUGUGGAGCGCACUCUGUACGUCCACCUCCACCCAGGGCUGAUACUCGGAGGUGGGAGCCAGCCUCGACCAGUCUUCAUUCCACCGGUAGUGGCCCUGUCGACAAUCAUUAGCCGCCUUUACAGUAAUGCAGCUGAUGUGUGCGGGCACCUGGAUAUUCGUGUUUUGCUGACGAAUGUUCGCGCUCAGUCAACUACAAGCAGCGGGACCACAAUCCCAAAUUCCCCUUUCCCAACACCACAGUCUCUGUCUCACUCCCCGGAUGUGGUUCUUACAGACUUUCCUCUGCAGAACCCGGGUCAGUCCAAUCAGGUCAUGCAGUGUCUGCAGAGUUACACAGGCCAUUGCUACGUCUGUAGCCCCAGUCUACCCUCAGUGCUGCUUCAUCCACAGCUAAUGACGCUGCAGGAGACAGAGGAAGCACUAAAAGAGCCUGAAGAAAAGGAAGAACCCUUGGAGACCUACAGUCACGUGGUGGUAGGGGGAACAUUUGACCGGCUCCAUGGGGCCCACAAGACACUGCUCAACAUCUCGUGUCUGCUAGCCAAUAAGAGGUUCCUUAUCGGUGUGUGUGACAAAGCAAUGCUGAAAAAAAAAGUGCUAAAGGAGCUGGUGGAGCCCUACUCUGUGCGUGAACAGAGACUAAAGGAGUUCCUUAAAGAAAUCAAACCCUCGCUGCGGGUGGAGAUCGUGCCCCUUCAUGACCCCUAUGGAGUGUCUGUGGUUGACCCCUUACUCCAGUGCAUUGUGGUUAGUGAGGAGACUAGGAAGGGAGGCGAGGCUGUCAACAAAAAACGCUUUGAGAAUGGCCUGUCCGCUCUUGUCCUCCAUGAGAUUCAACUGCUUAAAGAUGCCCACCACACCGAGACAGAGGAGGAAAAGAUCAGCUCCUCCAGUCUACGCUCUCGUCUGCUGGGCACCCUCCUUACACCGCCUAAAGACACAUCCCAUCUCGCUCCACUUCCAUAUGUCAUAGGCCUGACGGGAGGCAGCGGCAGUGGGAAGAGCUCCAUAGCCAGGCGGCUGGAGGCUUUGGGUGCCGUCCGAGUUGACUGUGACAAGCUGGGCCACGAGGUGUACAUGCCCAACACCGUGGCCCAUCACAGAGUGCUCGAAGAAUUCGGGUCAGAUCUUCUGAAUGAAGAUAAGACCAUCAACAGACGCGCAUUAGGAAGGAAGGUUUUUGGAAACAAGGAGCGCUUAAAAGCUCUCACAGACAUUGUAUGGCCUGAGAUUGCACUUUUGGUGAAGAACAUAAUCAGCCAAGCAAGAAAAGAAGGUAAACAGGUUUGUGUGUUGGAUGCAGCAGUUCUUCUGCAGGCCGGCUGGACAGAUAUGACUCACGAAGUCUGGGUCACCAUCAUCCCUGAGGAGGAGGCUGUGAUAAGGAUAACAGAGCGUGACGGGUUGACCACAGAAGAUGCUCUCCAGCGGCUGCAGAGCCAGUGGUCCAACAGUAAUCAAGUAGAGCACGCCAACGUGGUGCUCAGCACACUGUGGGAGCCCGAGGUCACUCAGAAACAGGUACUGAAAGCUUGGAAGCUUCUUCAGGAGAGAAUCACACAGAGACAAAAGGAAGAUGAAUCAUCUUAACUGUGCAUACAUGCUUACAGAACAAGAUGCCUUAGGAAGACUUUAGAAUGGUUCCUGUGCCAUUUCAGCAAAUCCAACAAGCUUUCUUACUUCUGACCAAGACUCAGUGCCUAAUUGAGUUUCCACAGGUUUUUAAUGAUGCUCAACUGAAAGAGGGAUUCGUGAGGAAAAACUUUAUAAAAUAUCCCAAUCAAUAGUAUUUUGGAAUUUGAAGAUUGGUAUUCAUGUUUGGGAUUAUUUUUCAAAUAAUUUUUUUGAAACGAUUUGCCCAACAUUCAGCAAACAAGAACAUUCUAAUUCCUCACCUGUUUAGUUUAUGACACUUUACAAGUUCUAUCCAUGUUUUUGAAGCACAACUAAUGAAUGUAGCUUAGAAAAAAAGCAAAAGCAACUGAUGGAAAGAGUUUCUGUGCAGUUUCAGGGAUUGGGAGAAUAUUUUAACAAAUGUGCAAAAAAUUAUUUGGAAUAACCAAAUUAUAUUAAUUGUAUUUGAGAAUUCUGUGCAAUAGGUUAGGAUAUUUUGAAAUAUCAGUGUAGAUGUCGCAUUUAAUACACUAUCCCCCUAAAAUGAUGAAAAUAAUCAAUGACACUGUACAUUGACACAUAAAAUUGUGAAUUGAAAUCGAAGAAUGUGCUCACCUGAACAUACCUGAAUAAAAGCCAAAGAUACAGAGUGGAAACAUCUUGUUUAUCUGGUGGUAAAAUGUAUGUUGUCAGAUCCUAAAAUUAUAUAUCAAUGUUUACAUAAUAAAAGUCUGCUUCAUUGCUAAAGCCAUACCUUACUUUUGCAAGGAUUGUCCAAUGAGUCAGUGAAGUAACACUUGGUGGUACAGUUGGUUUGACAUUGUAAGCGUCUUUGAUUUCAUUGCAUGUCAUCUUGAAAAUCAGAGAAAAAUAUUAAUAAAUUGGUGUAAUAUUAAAUACACGUUUUACAACCCA